UCUCUAAGCAUAUUCAAAUAUGCUUCAACAGAAGCCAUUCUUCCUUCGUUCAUCUUUCCUCCUACGUAUCUCUAUUGGGUUGUUUUUGCUAUUUAGAGUUGCAGUUUCACAAAUUCCCCUGGGCUCAAAACUUUCUGUAGUGGAAAAUGACUUUUGGUUCUCUUCCAAUAGUGAUUUUGCACUUGGAUUCUUUAAUUGUUCUGAUCAGCCUAACCAGUUUAGUGUGGGGGUUCGUUACAAUUCCAAAUUGAUUCCUGCUGCUGAACAAACUGUAGUUUGGAUUGCUGGGGGUGAUGCCACUGUUGGUAACCAGUCUUAUUUCCAGCUUUCACCAAAUGGGGAACUGGUUUUAUUUGACUCCUCAAAGGGAGUCACUGUAUGGACAACUAAAACAAGCCAAUUGUCUGUUGCUUCAGCUGUUCUGCAAGACGAUGGCAAUUUUGUUUUACUAAAUGAAAGGAAAGAUGUGGUUUGGCAAAGCUUUGAUACUCCAUCGGAUACGCUUCUUCCUGGGCAGAAGUUAUCUAUUUUUAGUACACUCAGACCCUCUACCAUAGAUCCCCUGUCAAGUUCCUAUAGUCUGUACAUGAAUUCUCUGGGACAAUUACUACUAAGAUGGGAUAGUAUUGCUUAUUGGAAAAGUGGAAGCCCUUCCCAUUUGAAUCUCAGUGCUGUUCUCACCUCAAAUGGAACCUUUCAACUUAUGGAUCAAAAUUUGGAGCCUGUUUGGUCUGCCUUUGGAGAAGAUCAUGGUGACUCUGUCAAAUUCCGGUUUCUUAGGCUCAAUGCAGAUGGUAAUCUGCGGUUGUAUUCAUGGGUAGAGGCUUCACAGUCAUGGAGAUCAGUUUGGCAAGCUGUUGAAAAUCAGUGCAAUGUCUUUGCAACCUGUGGUGAGCAGGGCAUUUGUGUAUUCAAUGCAUCUGGUUCCCCUGACUGCAAAUGCCUGUUCAAGUCCAUAUCUACUACCAGCACAAAAUGUUUGUUUCCACAUCCGCAGGAGUGCAAUUCUGGUGCUGAUUUGGUUGAAUAUGAGCACAUGUUACUGUAUGGAAUUUUCCCAGCAAAUGAUUCAAUUUAUCAGUUAAGUUUGCAGCAAUGUAAACUGGCGUGCAUGCGUGAUCCACAAUGUACAGCAGUAACCUUCACAAACAAUAGGACUGCAGAAUGCCGAAUGAUGACAACUCAGUACGUGAGUGGCUAUUCAGACCCCUCACUUAGUUCUGUAUCUUUCACUAGGAAGUGUUUGUAUUCAGAUCCAUUAGCUGCUAAACCCAGUUUCACAAUGAAGUCCCCACCAACUUCUCAACUCAUACAAUCUUACAGGCUUUGCAUUCCUUGUCUAAUUGGGGCAGCUUCAGGCACAGUUGUUGUAUUUAUUGUCAUUCAGUUUGGGAUUGGAAUUUUCCUGUACAGAAGAAGAAAGUCUAUUAGGAGGAGAGCUGCAUUAGCUUUUACAGGCCCUAACUCAAAGGGUUUGGUUAUGUUAUCCUUCAGUGAAAUCAAGGAGCUUUCAGCGAACUUCAAGUACCAAAUAGGGCCAAAGAUGUUCAAAGGCAUGCGAGCAGACAGCCAACCAAUUGCUAUCAAGAAGAUGGAUGCAACCAUAGCAGAGAGGAAAUUCCGAAGUGCAGUGUCAAAGAUAGGGACCAUUCAUCACAAAAACCUUGUCAAGCUGGAGGGUUAUUGUUGUGAGUUAAGUCACAAAUAUCUUGUCUAUGAAUUUGCCAAGAAUGGUUCUCUAGAAAAAUAUAUACAACAUUCCAAAUUGUGUAGGAAACUGAACUGGAAAAGGAGAGUUGACAUUUGCUCGUCCGUGGCCAGGGCGCUUUGUUAUUUGCACACUGAGUGUAGGGAGUUUGUAAGCCAUGGGAAUCUGAAAUGUGAAAAUGUAGUCUUGGAUGAAGAUUUUGAGGCAAAAGUGACUGAUUUUGGCCUUGGCAUUUUUCAUGGUGAGGCAUCAUUCAAUUGUGUUCCUGCAGCAAAAGAUGUGGAAGAUUUUGGCAAGAUGGUGUUGAUGCUAGUAAGCGGCAGAUGUCAAGAAGUUGAAAAUGUUUGUGAGUGGGCUUACAAGGAAUGGAUGGAGGGAAAUGCAGAGAGGAUAGUCGAUAAAAGAAUAGAUAGUGAAGUUGAUCCUCAAGAGCUGGAGUGUGUGUUGAGAAUUGCAUUUUGGUGCCUUCAAACUGAUGAACGUAUGAGACCUUCCAUGGGUGAGGUGCUGAUGAUACUAGGGGGCACAUCGACUGUUGACCCUCCUCCUCCGCCCUUUGCUUGUCAAAGGCCACUGGACGACGACGAGUCAUCAGAGCCAGGCUUAGAGGACUAGAAUCCAAUUGCACAUCUAAAACUUAACUUAUUUGUUGAUUUUUGCUUAUGAUUUUAUGUAUAGUAGGACUAACCAUCAAUGGUAAAUUGUAAUGACUGUUUGGCGUCAGUUGAAUGAUAAAACUGUGUCAAGUUCUUGGUGACAGAAUUCACUAUCGUUGCUGUAUUUUCAUCAUAGUCCCAUCUGGCCAUUGGUCUUGGUGCUUUCAACACUAAAGUUUUCAAGUU